AUGGAACACGCUUCAACGUUUCCCGAAAAGAAAAGGUUAACAGAAGGUAUCAGAAUGGCCAGAAGACCAGUUUUUUCCAGUGCCACAGAUGAACAGAUGUAUGCCGACGAAACCACAGAUUCACCAUUGGACAUUGUUUGUGCAAAUCAGUUCGAAGGACUUGAAAUAGAACAAAACAUUGCAGAACAAAUGGAGGAGGAUUUUUAUAGAGGAGCCCCACCCGUUUGGUUGAACUUUCAUGUUAGCGAAGAGGCUGAAAGAGAUGGCUCUGGAUCUUCUUUUGUCAAAAGAGACGGAUACGAGAGACUUUUACAACAAAUCAACAAGAAAUGGAAAGGCCAAGGAACAUCAGUCGUUACACUGUUUCACCAACAAGGCAGUGGGGGGACCACACUGGCCAUGCAGGUGUUAUGGAACUUGAGAAAAACGUUCCGAUGUGCCGUGCUGACGGACUUAACGACAGACAUUAUGAAAGUUGCAAAGGAAGUGGUUCACCUUUUCAAAGCAGGGACUCGGAACAUCCUUAAAACUGUCCUGCUGUUAUUGGACGAUACCUUCAAUUUGAACCAACUCCAAGACAUCAUAAUGGAAGAGGUUACCGAGCAGAAGCUGGACGUCGAUACGCCUGUGGUAAUUUUACUCAGCUGUGUGAGAACAGAUCGCGCCAUCCCUGACAAGGGUCGUUCUGACAGAGAAACGCAGGGAUUCAACAUGAUUGACGAAAAGGAUGUAGUCCUGAAAAGGAACCUCUCAGAUGCAGAAAAGUUACAGUUUGAUGCCAAAAAGAAAGAGCUCAGCACAAAGUAUGGGGAUAAAGUCAAGCAGUUCCAUGGUUUUAACAUCCUUCAAAGUAAUUUCUCGUGGGAAUAUGUCCGGGAAGUGUGUGCUAUCUUUGCAAAAAUGGAAAGGAAAAAAAAGCCAUUGAAGAGCCAGCUUGCUACUUUCCUAUCCCUGCUAAAUGCUUAUGUACCUGGUUCAUAUCUGCUGGAGUCGCACUGCCUGGACUUCCUCAGACAUGAGGAUGAUGAUGAUGACCAUGAUGUCCUGCCACUGUUGGAGCAAAUGCAGCCUUUUAGCCAUCUAAUCAUCACCUUAGAGCACAAAGAAAGAGAUGACAGAAAGGUCCGGAUGGCUCACCCUUUAAUCGCAAAGGGUUGCACCCAACUGUUGGCCGAUGGAGGUAUACCCAGAAGCGACACAGCCAGAAACUUCCUGUUGAAGUUUUGCAGAGAUGAUCUAUCCCCAUGUUUACUCAGUUUCAUCACGCACAUGCUGACCAAAAGAGAAAUAAAGAGGGACGAGAGUACUGGUGAUAAAGAUGGGUACAAUCCCAGAUCAAUGGAUGAAAAUGAGAGGCUGGAGAAGUUUUCCACUCUGAUAUUACAUAUCUCUAAAAUGGAGGACAAAAGCGAGAGUGCCUCAGUUCUAAAAGUUGCAUCAAAAGUAUUUGCAAAUAAUGCUCUGUUUCCUCAGGCACUUUCUCGUUUUUAUUACGGAGAGCUAAAAAACUACCACGAGGGUGAAAUUUGGGCAAAAAUGGCAAAGGAGCGAGAUCCAAAGAAGUCGUUCAUUGCCGAUACCCUCGGUCAAGUUCACAAGAAUCAUUUGAAGAGCAAGACAUGUCCUGCUGAACCUAGGGAAAUUUUGCAUUUGGCCCGAAAGGCCAUUGAGGCAUUUGAAGAGGAAGAACAACUUGCGAGAUCUGAGCAUUGGAAGAACAUGCGAGAAGAUGGAAAGAACAGAAACCUGCGUGACUUAAACAUCAGAGGACAGUUCGGUUUCCUGCAGGUUUGUAACAUCCUGUACGACCAACUUGUUAGUAACAAUGAAACUUGGAGAGAGGUUCUCACUGGGAAAGUGUCCAUGGGCUCUGUCCUGAAAACACUUGGAGACAGAAAACUCUUCGGAUUCAAUUAUCUAAUUACAAGACUCAGAGUAAGGGUUGAGGAAAAAUUUGAAUUUCUGGAUACUUUCCUAACUUAUUCAGAGUCUGUAAUGAAAAAGGACAGAACAUACGCGAGCAAGGAGGCUGCAGAAUGCUACCGAAAGUAUGUCGGAGGCACCAUUCCUAAACACAAAGAAAAACAUGAAGAAAAUGUCCAAAAACUCAAACAAAAACUGGCUUUCACCUCCGCUGGAAUACUGUCCUGUCUUGACGGGAGAUGCACAACAUCGGAUGUUAGAGAAAUCGUCAAAUGGUGGGAAGAAAUCUGUCACGGCACGAAUUUCAAGGUGUGUCAUUUUGUCAACUUCGUCCUUGCUAAGAUCAUGCUGAAAAACUUGAACGAGCAACUGCCCAGUUUUGAUGAUAAAGGCGCUUUAAGACAGAAAAAACUUCCAUCCUCUGAUGAGCAGACUGAGUAUCACAUGUUAGCCCUGCUCCUAUUUUGGCCAACAGAUUAUGAAAAAGAGCCCGUCUCUGACCUCCAUCAGUUAAUCAACCACAUCAAGAGCUCUUACACACAAGAAUACAAGACCGUGUUUGGAUCAAGAUACCUCCGACCUCUGUUUUUUAUCGGACCGGGCAAGGAGCUGAGCAGAUUUGUUCACAGACGAAUCCUUGAGAUUAAGUGGACUCAAGACGCUCUCCAAGAUCCAAAGGUUAACUGGAGGAGUGAGAUCAUUUUCAAAGAUCCCGUAGUCCAAGACCAGCUUCUCAAAGUCAAAGGGGUGGUACGGGAUUACAGACUGUACGCAACAUUUGGCUCCACAGAAAUUGAGGUCAAGGCAAACCGAAGUGACGGCCUCUGGAAAUCAGGCGACGUGUCCUUUUACCUGGGAUUCAACAUCAAUGGUCCUAUAGCCUUCAACAUUCAGAGGAGAUUUCCAAUCUCUGUGGGACCUUCAGGAAAGUUGCAGCUUGGAGAACGAGCUAUCGAACCUUCUCUUUGGUCAAAAUGCACACCAGAGGUCAAGACAGGGGAUAGGCUGGAAAUGUACAGAGGAGCAGACUUGCGGUCUGACGGAGGGUUCUUUGAAUGUGCCGUGUCCGCCCUGCGCUGGGUUUCCAAAGAGCCCAUCAGCUUGGGGUACCGGUUCUGCUCUUGGGAGGAACACACAGAGAAGUCGGUAUGCAUGGGUCUCAUGCCUGCCGGACCCCUGCUUGACAUUUCGGUCACGAGCGGAAAGCUGGAGGAGAUGCAUCUGCCACACUGGAUAGACACUGAAUGUACCACUCCAGACAUGUUUGUGGUUCUACACGUGGAGGCUUGUGGAGAGGCUGUGCAGCAAGUGUCCGACGUGACGUCAUCCCACGUCAAGUUACUCCAACCAGCCUUCUCUCCAAAUGGGGUUAUGUUGCGGAAGAGACUGGGCUUGCCGGUGAAGGUUUACUGCGAUGUGAUGCUAUUCAAGACGAAACUGGAAUUCCUCACGCUGCACUUCUACCUGGUCCCCCCGGACCAACACUUAAAACAGAGAGUCGAGAGUGAUGAGUCACGUCAUCAAUCACUCCUCAUCCGUAAACCAAGCCCGUACAAGUCUCUGCAACUGAAGGAUCACUUCUUCUUGACAUGUGACACAGACAUUGCUGAAAUUCAGCCAAAAAGCUUGAAGGUAAAAUACAAAAGCAAUACGUUCUUGGAGGUGUUCAUCAGAAAUGCAUGUGAUGACUUCAGCUUGACACUCAGGACAGGGGAGAGAAACGAUACAGAGGAAGUCUGGAAAUGUACCAUUCGAAAAGGAGACUUCCUGAAUCCAAGCAUGGGCCAUUCCAAAGAUCGGCAUUUUGUGGAUCUCCAUCACACAGAUCUGGUCAACGGAGUCAGAGACACACGGCACGUCCUGGACAAGCUCCUGGAACUGGAGGUGAUCCGCCAAGAAACCUAUGACAAGAUCUCAGCCAAGACCACUAAGCAAGACCAGAUGAGGGCAAUUUUAACCCAUCUCAGGGGUUCCCUGGAACAGAGAGACGGUCGCAGAGGAGGAGAGAGAGGACGAGCAGAGAUAAAGCUGAGGGGAUCAGGGGGAACCGGGCUCUUGGGAUGCCUGCACUGCUCCGGGACGAGCUGGAUUUGGUGCCUCGCUGCCGCUGAGAGACUGAUUGAUAAGAAAAUCCUGAUCUGA